AUGGAUUUGAAGUACCACAAUAAAGAUGUUGUGCUAGAGAUCAAGGGAUCGGACGCGCUCUUUCUCAACACCUCCAUUUUGGACGUGUUGAAGUCUUUGAAGGAAUUGUCCGAGCCAGCCGGAGAUGCAAAUUCUGGCCGUGUCCCCAAGAGACGGAGGGAAGAAGAAGAAGAGGUAGGGCCACAUUUGUAUACCCUUGCAGAGGGACGGAAACUAAGUUUCGACGACGUGGGCUUCGAGCAAUCGAACUCAUUCGAGGAGCUGGAGGCCAGUGGCUCCAGCCAGUCACCACUCCAUCCUCACUCAUCAUUCGAGGAGCUGGAGGCCAGUGGCUCCAGCCAAACUACUCUCCAUCCUCACUCAUUAUUCGAGGAGCUGGAGACCAGUGGCUCCAGCCAAAAAACUCUCCAUCCUCACUCACCCUUCGAGGAGCUGGAGGCCAGUGGCUCCAGCAAGUCAACUCUCCAUGGCUCACCCGAGACAGAGACCCUCGCCCACUCGUCGCCCUUGCAGCCUCUGAGCCACAUACGAAACACCGAGGACCUAAAGGCAGGCGAGGUCUCAUGGUUCCCACAAGCCAAGACAUGGAGACUAAACGUGGAUGAGAUCCGCAAGGUCUACCGGGACAGGCUAGAGAGGGUUCAUGACUGCUUGGAGUGCGGCGUCAUCCUCCACAGCCACAAAGCCCUAGCCGAGCAUGAGAAGUUGGACGACCACGUCCAGGAAAAGGAGCGAAUCGAAAAUUUUUUUAAUUCCAAGUUAAAAUCUAUGUGUCCAAUCUGUGGAGCUAAAGCUGGAAACAAAACGAAGCUGAGGAACCACGUGAUCAGCACUUCCGGUGGACCUUUGAUUGCAAAAAGUGUCCGAAGUUGUUUUGCUCAAUCAGGAGCUACAGGGACCAUCUACAUCCGCCAGUUUCAAAGGAAGAAAAAUAUGCCUGCGAGUGUAUAUAUUGUAUAUUAUUUGGUUAUAACUUUCCAUUUCCUUAUACAGGCCUUUAUAAACCCCCAAGACGCAGAGCCGAUCGCGGAGCCGGAGACCGUUGCCGAUAUAAUGGGUCUCAUAAUGGACGAGUCCUUCCCUGACUUGUUCCAAUAAACAUAUAUAUAUAAUAUAUUCAUUA